AUGUCACAACAACCAAAGGUCAAAGCCCAACAAACAGGUAUCCAAAGUAAAUUAGGAACUCACUUUCAAACUAUCUUUCUUCCAACACUACAACUUAUUACACGACCACAAACAAAUGAUUUACUUAAAAGUUAUCAAGAUUUUACUACAGAAACAUUACUCAAAACACUUCCUUUAAAUCACCCAAAGAAAAAAAUUAUAGUUUGUGAUAGACACUCUUUUAUGAUGAUGGAACUUAUUGGUGGUCAAUACCUUCAAGAUGACAAUUACAAUAUUACUGAUAUGAUAUGCUAUGAAGAUUAUAAUGUUGAAAAUUUCACACGAACAUUUUUUAGAAAGACACUGGCAUAUUUUGUUAUUGUUGAUUCAACGAUAGAAGCAGCAACUCAUGCAUUAAACUUUAUGAAUAAAUCGUUGGAGAAAUUUAAUGAAAUAGCAAAUGAUUCAUAUGUAAUGACACCAGAAAACUUUUUCUUUUUCAGAAUGCCUAAAUUUACACCCUUUGAUGGUAAAUUAUUAGAUCCUUUUAAAACAUCAUUUAGAUUAGGUAAAAUAGAUAUUCCUGUUGCAGUUAUUCAAGAUGAUGUCUUUAGUUUACAAGAUGAUAAUGCAUUUGUACGAUUAUUUGGUGAACGAGACGUUGGAAUAUUGAAUGAAAUUUAUUCAUCGUUGGAUACGUUCCAAAAACGAUUUGGUUAUUUUCCAAAAAUAUUUAGUCGAGGACAAUAUUCACACCAACUUGCUGAGAUGAUGAAUAUUAAAAGAUCAAAUAAUGAAUUUAAUAAAGAAGUAGAUUUUGUUUAUAUUGUUGAUAGAACAUUUGAUUUGUUAACUCCUGAAUUAAUUGCUAAUAAUUAUGAAUCAUUGAUUGAUGAAGUAUAUGGAAUAAAUGAUGAUUGUACUACUGUUAAUGUAAAUUUAAGUAUAUAUGAUAAAGUUUUUGGAAGUUCAAAAGACUCAGACGUUGCUUAUAAAGUACUUAGUGAAAAGAAAAAUGCAUUUAUUACAUUACAUGGUAAUUGGUAUAAUGAAAUUAGUAAAGCUAAUUUUAAUGAUAUUCGAACAGUAUUAAAUGAAAAAAUUAAAGCUACAAAAGAGUUACAAGAACUUACUCAACAAGAAAAAUCUAUUUCUAAGAAAUUAGAAAUGACAACCCAUUUUAAUAUGUGUUUAGCAUUUGCUACAAUACAUCCCCAAAUUCAUCAAUCAAUUAUUUCAUAUGUUAAUACUUAUGAUAAUUUAGAGUUACAAGAAAAACAAUUCCAAUUUUUUGAUUAUGUAUUUUCUUCAGCUAAACAAAUUGCUGGAUUAUUUAAGCAAGACCUUGCUGGUCCAAUAGAAGAUUUGUUAUUACUUGGAAAACAUGAAGAAGCAUUAAAACAAUUAGCAAUAUUAUGUGCUGGAUAUGAUGGUAUUAAACCUGAUUUAUAUGAUGAAAUAAAGAAAUUCUUUAUCCAGUAUUGUGGAAUUGAAGAAUUAAAUAUUUGGUCAAAAAUGGAAAUGUCUGGAGUAUUAAAGAAAACAGGAGAGAAGUCAAGAAGUUUCACUGCUUUAAAUUCAGCAUUAAGAUUAUAUGAAAAAGAAAAUAGUUCAAGUUUUUAUGGAGGAUAUACUCCAUUAGUAGUAAAGUCAUUAGAAAAUAUUAUUUGUCCUCAAGAAACUGAAGAAUCCUCUAAUCAAAAAGGUGUUCUUGGAGCUGCAUUAAAAGGAGUUAGUAAAUUAACUUCUAAAAAUUUAAAUGACAUAUUAACUGAAGAAGAACACAUGAAAAUUACUAAUAUUAAAGAAACUAUUGAAGGAGACCCAAAGAAAAUUGUAGUAUUUGUUGUUGGAGGAAUUACAUUUGGUGAAAUUGCUAGUUUAAGAAGUUUAUCACAAAAACUUGGAAGACCAAUAAUCAUUGGUUCGACUCAUAUUAUCCGUAAGAAUAAUUCUAUGAUUAACCAAUUCAUUCAAUCAGCUGAAAAAGAAAUGAGAAUAUUCAAUUGA